AUGGCCUUUGGUCAGGAAGACACAGUAUGGGAUACAGAUUUUGACUUUUCUCAUCGUCUUGGGUUCCCUACAAAACAUGCUCACCCAAAAGACCUCUAUCCUCCUCGAACCGUCGCCAGUCCUUUCACUGACGAUGACACAGAUUCUAGCUACGCCAGCCAUCACUCAGACAAGUUCUCAAUCGAAGACCGUGAGGGCCUGCUGGCAGACAUUGAUGAAUUUAUGUAUGAAACACCAGAGCCUCCGACACCACCCGCCGCUGCUGCAUUGGCUGCCGCUUGUCUGGAUCGAUACAAAGGGCUAGGAACAAUCACCCGUCUUGGGCGUCAUCGAUACGUUGAGGAUGACGGCGACUGGAACGAAGAUGUUGUAUUUCAAAAACCAAAUGGUACCACAAACUAUGUACCAGCUACAGAAACAGCACUAGAUGACAUUGAUGACUACAAUCAACCACAACCCACACAUAUCCCCCCACAACCUGAUCCCAAGCUGACAACCAUCCAACCAACAAAGUAUCCAAAUUAUGCAGAAAUUAAGGCAGAGGAAGAAGAAUGGGAUAUAAGCGAGUUCACAAACGCCACAAACACCAGAAACUACCAACCACUUGACAUACAGCAUCCUAAACCAGUUGCCAAAAAGAUCUCGGCAGUUCUCAACAAAGCUAAUGACGAAGACGAUGAUUUUUUUACCGGAAUGGAUUUCAAAGACUCCUUUCUAAAGCCAACCCCGGUUCAGAAUACGACUCGCUUGACGCCCAGGACAUUUGCAUCUACCCCGUCUACAAGUCAAAAGUUGCCAAGCCCAAGUGUGUUGUCGGCUCGUAAUCGCCCAAUUCCAAGCGAUAGUCUACCCACAAAUAGUCCAAAGUCUACUAGCAGAGAUCAGACAACUUCCAGAGAACCAAGCGUAAGUAAAAGUCAGGGAUCAAGCAGAAACCAAAAUUCCGGGCCCAGUGCAAAUAGGAGUCAGAGCAGUAGAAGCUCUUUGAUUAGUUCAGGACGAGAAGCCGCAUCUUCUUCUCGAAUUACCGAAAAACCAAAAGAAAUACCUGUCUGGGAUCGUCUUAGCAAGCCAGCCCGAGAUCCAUAUCUACGUUCUUCUUCUUCUUCUACCACAACAUCCGCCCGACGACAGUCUCCCUUAAGUACAUUACCCAGACACAGUCCUGAAGCUACUAAAGUUGUUUCUCCAGAUUGGCGAAGCAACGGUGGAGGAUUAUCACACAGUGUCGAUUCACGAUCCACAGAUGCUCCACCGCAAAAUAACUCCCCACUUCAUCUUUCAACGAACCGUAUCCCGCAGAAUCGACGAGAGAUAAUCCGACCCAGGGUUUCUGUGGCACAAUCUCUGCAAGGACAAUCCAAUAAAAAAAAGAUAGUUCUGAGAACAAAGACAAGAGCUGGUCAAAGAGAUGGCACGGAGUUGGAUCGUUUCGACAAUUUAUCAGAAUGGGGUGCGACUACUCCUCCUGGGCGAGUCACACCCAAAAUAAAGCCAACAUUGAGAGUAAGACAAUUGAAUGAGUCAUCAGCCGGUAAAGUUGUCGAUACAAAGGAUCAAGAUCGGCCAUGGCGUCAGAAUAUGAAAAGAAAUAAUGUUUCUUCAAUCCUUCCAGGCGAUAGACCGUUAGUUAAUGAACAAAAUGGAAUGAAGUAUGAUCCAGUGAAUAAUAAAUGGAAUGGCAACGAAAAUAGUCUACUUCCAUUUGAUCACCCUUCGGAAACUCGUCGCAGACCUGCUAGGAUUCGAAACCGAAACAAUGCCAUCAAACACAAUCAUAUUGUUGGAGAUAUGUAUUUUGAUCAUCUCGGAACAACCUGGAGAAAACUGCCAAAAUCAAAACCAAAUAGCUUGGACAACAGUAGCUUAGGAAGCAGAGGACAGAAAUCAAGAUCAAAAUCAAAUUUUGAAGCAGAAGAAGAGGAAGAAAAUGAUGAGGAUGACGAUCCCUUGCGAGGAUUCGAAGACCUUCAGGAAUCACCUUUGAGAAAUCUUCCCAAAUCACCUACUCCCGGCUAUUUUAUUGCCUUGACACCUCAAGAUAUUCGAAAUAACGCCAGUAAAACCAAACCUGAAUUUGAGCUCUCGCUUGAUACACAACGUCUAAUGUUUGAAGAAGAAAAAGAGCACCGAGAGUUUAUGGCUAACUGGAUACUGCCAAAAGAUUAUAUGAUUAAAACUGCAUAUGGGAAUUUGGCCCCACCUUAUUGUUUCUUGAUUCUUACACGAGACCAUUAA